GAGGUGGGGGGUUCUGCCUCGGCUUGGAGAGCCGGGGAGGGGGGCGCCUCGCUGUAACCCCCUCCCCAUGCCUCUGACGCCCGCCCGCCUGCCUGCCGGUGUUGGAUGCUCCAAGGAGGAAGCGGGGAGGCCACCCGGCUCUUUCUUCUGGGGGGUGCGCGGGGUGGCCGAGAUGAUGACUUGAUGCUUGGCUUUGCCAUGGAUGGGAUGACAUGCUUCAUGGUUGCCUUGGUCACGCUGCUGCUCUCUUGCCCGGGUCCACCUUGGUGCGUUGCCCGCCGCCUGGUGCUUUCGACGGGUCUACCAGUUCUGCUGCCUCUGCUGCUGUCUCUGCCGGCCUCUCUGGCUUCCCCGGUAGCAGAUGACAUAUAUUUGGAACAGCAGAAUAUUUCUUCUCUUUUGCCGAGUCAAAGCACCAUGGGCAGCAUGACCCCCGAAGCCUUAACAAAAAGCACAAUGGAUCCCAAGGCAAAUAGUGUGUUUCCUGAGGGGUUGUCGUCACCUGUUACCUCCCCUGAGGUGACCUCAUCGGACCAAGAAGGAACAAGCAUAGUCUCAGCUGGACAAAAUGUACCACUGUUGGAUACUUCGGUAACAAACAACGAAGCAGUCUUAAGUAAUGAUAGAUUGAUCAGCUCCUUUCCAAAUGCACAACAAACCCCUUCAUUGAAAUCUUUUACAGAGGACUAUCAUUCAGGUUCCUUCCCAGUGAAAGCAACAAAAGAAUCCUUGCAAACUUUGCUGUUAGCACCUUCAUUACCUGCCAUCUCCUCGCUGGACUACCUGGAAACAUUGCAAACAACAUUGCAAAGGGCUGCCUCUGUCCCUCACGUUCCUCUGCCCUCUUCAAAGCCUUUUGACAUGGCAGAUGUAACUCUGACUCCAAGCAGAGAGUUGCUGAUGUCCUCUACGUACUUAAGUUCUGUUGCAUCUGAGGCAGUGGAUGCAAUGGUUGGAAAAGGAAGAGAGAGUUUGCUGUUUUCUGCGCAAUCCUCAGCAUCUUUGCUUUCAGAUACUACUGCGAAGGGGUCAUCCUUAUUCCUGAGGCAGCUCGGUGAGGUUGCCCAAAUUAUGCCAGACAUUUUGACAAGUACUGACACACACAUGGAAGCUCACUAUAGUAUUAAUAGCAGUAGUGUUACAGGAACUCUAAGAAGCUCGUCUGUCCUGAACAUUUUGAACGAAUUUCCUGUUUUGUUAACUAACACAGGGACUGAUAUGCUUUCAGCUCUGCUUCCUUUUGUUUCUCCCCCUGCUGCCCCAGCUACACUUUUGACUGUCUCCAGUAGUUCUUUUAAUGAGGAAUUGUUUGCACACGAGCUUUCCUUUCAAUUAUCCAGAAGUACAGCAUCAGUUUUGCCUGACGGUUCAGAGAAACAAACUCAAGUUGAGUUCUUCAGUGACGUCUCAAGCCCAGUGCCUUCCACUAGACCAUAUGCUUCAUGUUCUUACUGUGACUUCACCUCAGUUCUCUCAGAGCCAGUCUUUUCAGUGGCACCUUCAGAAAAUGAUGUGGGCUCAGGUGAUUAUGUUGAGACACCAUCAUUCACGGCCUCUGAGGUAAAAGGUGUUGCUCCACUUACAUCCAUAGUUAGUGACUUUUAUGACCUGCAAGAGCCUCCUCCUGAAGUCUUCGAUACUACUUUCCCCUCAAGACCUGUUGUUUCAUUCUCUUCAAGGUUUACAGAAAUCUCCAUGUCAAAUGCUGUGGACAUUAGCCUUAAAAACAUAAUAUUUACAUCAGUUUUCCCUUCCUAUGGCCGGUCUUCUGAAAUAACAUCAUUGGAGAGUGUUCCUGUCAGCUUUCCCUACUCUGUAACUGAAAUGGUUAUGUCUAGUGCUGUAGAACUAUCCUCUCUCCUUGCCACGGUUCUCCCUGAAUCUGCCUUCACCGAAAAUGUGAACACACCAUCCAUGACAAUCAGGAACUCAAGUCUGGAAAUAUAUGGAUUAAUGCCAUCAGAAUCUACCGUUUUCCUUAGCAAAACACUUGUGGGUUUUCCCACAGAAGAGCCCGUUGUAAAUAGAUCAGACAUUCCAUCCAGCCUUCCAUUAACACCUUUUCCCUCUGAGCCAAAUGGCUUCUCACAUUUGUCAUCUACUAGAGCCACAUCUUUCUUGAUAAUGCCAAGUGAUUUGACAACAUCUUUACCUCGUGUUUCGCCGACAUUCCUUCCGUCAUCUGUGUUUCUCGACAGUUCGUCUAGCUGGGGUUCAGCUGAGCUCCCAGCUGUUGACAUCACAAGCGUAGUGGCAUCCCAGACUUCUUCAUGGCAAACUUCAUUUUUUAAUUUGAACUCAUCUUCCGUUUCAGUCACACAUAGUUCUACAACUGUGCCAUCAUCAAGUCUCUAUACUAGCUCUAUGCUACUGGAACCAACAUCAAUCUUAGUGAUGGAAACUGAAUUUUAUUUUACCUCACCUUCCACACAAGCUACCUCUCAGUUUGAGUCAUCACCCAUAGCUAUUGAUGCAACCGUCCCUACACUGGUGCUUCCCACCUCUGUCCCAGAGCCUGUUUUCACCAGCAAUAUAUUGGAGGAUGAAACACAUGCGACCUCGUGGUUCACCUCGUUGCAGACAACCCCCAUCUUGACAUCCUCAUCCCUUUUAUCUACUAUUACCACAACUACUGUUGAGGAUGCUGGUGCUACUGUUAACCUCGCCUCAGUUUCUUCAUUUACUGAGGCAACUGAGACCACAAUGUUUUUUAGAACUACCCCUUAUAUGCCACCGUUGGCUAAGGAUGUGAGCAGUGUUACCGCUUCCGCUACUGAAUCAGUGGCCAUGGUGUCUUCAUCUGCACCUGCAGUGAUGCCUCCAUCUGUGAUGACCUCUGUUGAAUCUGGAGCUCUAACAAGAACUACUAGUGUAACUGAGUUUACCAGCAUGACAAUCUCUACUGCCACCACCUCUAGCAGCACAAUAGGCCUUUUGACAACUACCAGCAGUACACCAAGCUCUUCUGCAGCACCUACCACUUCCGCUCUGGUCACGACUCCAGAAGUUACAGUGGCAACCAUUCCAGCUACCAUUCCAGCAACCAGACAGCCCUAUGUUUGUGACAUCACAGUCCCUGAUAAAUAUAUAGUGAAAGCCGUUCUAGCUCGGAAACCUAUAGUAGAGAACAUCAGCGAAUCCAUCAAAGAGAUCCUGAGAGCUGAAUUUAGGAGGCUUGUUGAAUUGGAGGUUUAUAGGUUUUCUCCCAAAUUCUCGUUUCUGGUGACCUCGGGUCCUUUUGUUUACACGGCAAUUGCUGUCAUCAAUGCUCUUGUGGACAGCAGCCUUCUACGCGGGCAGGUACCUCUCAUCUCAUCGCUACAACCUUCUUUCCCUGUUCCAGACCGCAAGUUCCAGGUGCAGACUGUGCUUCAGUUUGUGCCUCAAAGUGUUGACGUUAGGUUCUGUAACUUCAGCCAGCACAUUGAAAAAGGGCUGACCAUUGCAUUUGGGGAGGUGAGGAAACAUCACCAGGGUAUUUCCAACUUCAGUGUUCAGAUACUGAAUAUAACCCUGGGUAAAUCUAGAGCAGUGUUUCGGCAGGGCCCUGUGCAAAUUGUUUUUGCCAUCCAAGAGAAACACAGAUUCUUGAACGGGUCUGAAGUGAGUGAGCUGCUAAGGAACCUCUCUGUGGUGGAGUUCAGUUUCUACAUGGGCUUCCCUGUGCAACAGAUUGCAGAACCUGUUUAUUACCCUCAGUUGAAUACAACUCACUUGAUGAAAUCUUCCUGGGUAAGAACAGUUGUCCUUGGUGUCGUCAACCAAAAAAUUCAAGAGGAAGUUUUCCAGGCUGAGAUGGAGCGGAAGUUAGCCCAGUUGUUAAGUGAGGCCUUGGGCAGAGGGCGGAUAUGGAAAAGGGCGACUUUUGCUGGAAACAACGUUGUGCAGAUCGUGAACGUGUCACGCAUAGAGGAAGCCGACAGCCCAGUUAUGCUGGUGUAUUUUGUGGAGGACCAAGAUGGAGAAAGGCUCGGCGCUGUGAAGACAUCUGACCUGAUUAACAGAGUCGAUAUUCAGAGGGCUGCCAUUAUUCUAGGAUACCGCAUUCAAGGCCCAGUGGCCCAGCCUGUGGACAGAGUCAAAGAGUCACCUCCAGAGUCGCAGAACAACCUCUGGAUUAUUGUUGGCGUUGCAGUCCCGGUAGCUGUGGUGCUGCUGAUCAUCAUCAUUUUAUACUGGAAGCUCUGCCGCUCUGACAAGCUGGAAUUUCAGCCGGACACCAUGAGCAACAUUCAGCAAAGACAGAAGCUGCAAGCCCCCAGUGUGAAGGGGUUUGAUUUUGCAAAGCAGCAUUUAGGGCAGCACAACAAAGAUGACAUCCUGAUCAUACAUGAGCCAACUCCUCUACCGGGACCAAUUAAGGACACCACACCCUCCGAAAACGGUGACCUGCCGAGCCCUAAAGCAAAGAUCUCUUCAAAGCCAUCCAAGAAUGUCCGACACAGAGGGAGAGUUUCCCCGUCAGAUGCAGACUCCACAGCAAGUGAGCAGUCCAGUGGCCGAGAAACAGGAGAAGGGCCUGCAAGACCACAGAUAGCUGCAAAUGAAGUCAAGCCACACAGAGUCAACAAGUCUGGAGUAAACCGAGUGGCCCCUCCGCAGAUCAGCAAUGGAACAGAGCAACACUCUUCAGCCUCCAUCUUUGAGCAUGUGGACAGAAUGUCACGUUCCUCGGAGGUCAGCCGAAGGGUUCCUAGCAAGAUCCAGUUGAUUGCCAUGCAGCCAAUUGCAGCACCUCCAAUUCAGAACCAGCCACUCGCUGACCGAGUAGCAGAGACCAACAAGAUUAACAAGGAGAUACAAACAGCUCUGAGGCAUAAAUCUGAAAUUGAGCAUCAUCGCAACAAGAUCAGGCUUCGAGCCAAGCGCAAAGGACACUAUGAGUUUCCGAUUGUGGAUGAUAUGGUUAUCAUCGACACCAAAGAGCAGCAGAGAAUGUACCGCAAGGCACAGAUGCAGAUAGACAAGAUCUUGGACCCUGGAGGCAAUAUGCCUACUGUCUUCAUAGAACACAGGAAGAGUUCUCGAGCCAAACGUUCUCCGAAGCAGCGUCGGAGGCAUCAGAUUAAUGGAAGUCCUAUGGAUGCUGACAAGGACCGGCUAAUUACAACUGACAGCGAUGGGACUUACAAGAGACCCCCAGGAGUCAACAACUCUGCAUAUAUUUCUGAUCCUGACCUUCCUGCCGAACCCCAGACGCCUUCUUCAACUGAUUUGGGGAAGUACUCAGGCCUUCCCCCGCACCCUGCUCAAUAUAUCCCUCCUCAGCCAUCCAUUGAAGAGGCCCGGCAGACAAUGCAUUCUCUCCUGGAUGAUGCCUUCGCCCUGGUGGCCCCCAGUAGCCAAGCAUCCAAUUCUGCUGCCAUCACACACUCCGGAGGGUCGGCGGGGCAGCCAACAAACACUCCUGUUCGAGCAGCGAGGGACACUCCGAGCAGCCAGUGGGGGUCACCGUACGGUCCAACACACACAAGAUACAUGGAAUUUGGGAUGACUCCUCCAACAGCUCCAGGCCUGCUACAGAGGCAAAACCUGGGCCCCGGUUUCCUUCCCCCUGUCGAAUUAAUGCACCCAGACCAGCAACCUUCUGAUGUUCAGUAUUCCACAAGGGGGAUCUACCAGGAGGAAAUGCCAUCCGUGGCCCACCCGCGACCAGUUGGAAGCACCGCAGGUUCUCAGAUACAGCACCUCACUCAGGUGGGAAUUGCUAGCAGGAUCGGAGGUCAACAAGUGGAGAUCCCCUCAGGCAGAGCAGGGCAUGGCCAGCUGGGGGAACCCGGGUGGCCCCCGUAUCGUGGAGAGGAUGAAUAUGCUAGGAGAGAUGCAACACAUACGCCUGGACAUCAAGAAUAUUCCUCCUCACCAGUAUUCCAGAUGCAGAGGACUUCGGCCCGACAGCCCUCAGCUCCUCCUGUGCAGCUUCCACACAGCAACCACCAGGGCCCGGGGCUCUGCUACAACACCAGCUCCACUGAGGACCUGCAGCCGGGUCACUCGUCGGCCUCUCUCAUCAAAGCAAUCCGAGAGGAGCUCCUCCGCCUCUCUCAGAAACAGACCGUUGUGCAGAACUUCCACAGCUGAUUUGCCACGUCGUUGCAAAUCUGCCAAGUGUAUCUGCUUCCCGUGGAAGCUAGACUCACAGGAAAUCAGCAGGAGCCCUGUUCUUCUGUCAGAGGAAUGAGCAUGUACAAUACAAGAGAAAUGGGGCACGGUGAGAAAGAACUCUGCAGAAUUGGCAGCAGCGCAAGAGAGAAUUUUGUUCUUGAGGGUGAGGGAAACCUGGGAAGAUGUAACAAGCAUUGGGCCUGUGUGUCUUUGAAACAUCUUUGGUUGGGACUGUUCGUUUCGGUGACAGUUCUGGUCCAGAAGCCAAGCGCUGCUAGAGAUGGCAAAGCCCAUCCCCUAACAGAGCUUUGCACGAGACUCCUUGUUUGAGGAAGUGAAGUUCGCAAGAUGGAGUUAGCUGUUUUCUCGUGAGAGGCUGCAAGAGUCCAAUGGUUUCAAACACCCCCAAGAAGCUGGGCCGUGUGCGCUGCUGAUAAGUGUCACUCCGAAUACACAAGAAGCCGUGUUGAUCCUGUGCAAGCAAUUACUUUAAAGAAACCAUUGUUAAGACUCCACAAAUAAAAGACUUGGAGCCACCUGUUAACAAACCGG